AUGAACGUCGUAUUGAAUAUUGUGACGGUCAUAUUUCUGGUCUUUGUUUGGCAUUCUGAAACUACGAAAAUCGGGCAAGCUCUUCAAUCGCUAUUCAGACAGAGGCCCUACGACGAUGGUCACAUGAAGAACGUCAACAAUCAUUGGUGCACGCGAGCUAAGAUCUGCCACAAAAUGGUUGGCCAUCCAGUUUGCGGAGUUGACCCGAAGCGAAGACAGAAGAGGAUGUUCCGAAAUGCUUGCAGCUUGUACAAACAUAAUUGUGGCCGUAUGCAUGAUUUCCAACCGCGCAAUUGGAAGGAAUGCAGUAGUGCAUCGAUUAAUCAAAAACCUAAUGCGAAGAAUAAACUUAAAUAA